AUGAGUGGCGACCUGCAAUCCACUGGCCGCGGCGGCGCUGGCAACAUUGGCGACGCGACCAAGUCGCCCAAGAUCCAACCCCAGGACCUUGAGACACCUCACCUCAAGACGCCCGUCUACACCACAGGCCGCGGCGGCUCGGGCAACAUGGCCAACAACACCAACCCGGAUGAGGCGCGCGCUGCGCAGGACGUCAAUGCCAUCACCCGGACAGUCAGCAACUCUGCCACCCACGUCGGCCGUGGCGGCGCUGCGAACGUGACCAAGGGCGGCGAGGGCGAGGCGGCGCCGGCGGCGGCUGCUGCUGAGACGCCCAAGGCCAAGAAGGAGGGCGGUCUCCUUGCUCGUCUCAAGGGCAUGCUUGGCAGCAAGUGA